AUGCCACCACAGGCCAGUGAGGGCCAACAGACGGAUGGCAAUGCCCCAUCCUUCUUCAGAAUUCCACCUCCUAUCAAGCGCCUCUUCGACCGGUUCCCGUUGACCACGUAUCCAGCCAACGACCUACCGCAACGGGUCCCGUCCGGGCGCGAGGACAACCAGCUGUUUGUCUUCAGCGACGCAGCGAGUGCGCGACGCGGUCGGCCCUCAUUCAAUCCGCAAUGUCUCAAGUGGCAGGCGUAUCUGAAAUUCGUCGGGAUCGACUUCGAGGUCACUCCGUCCAACAAUCAUGCCUCGCCGACUGGCGCACUCCCUUUCCUCCUUCCGGCACUCCCUAUCGACACAUCAGCUACAAUUCCUUCGCACAAGCUCCAAAAAUGGGCCAUCGAGCAGGUCCGCUGUGAAGAGGAGCAGCAAUUAAACGUCCGCUUCGAGGCAUAUGCCUCCCUUCUGGACCACCGUAUACGCAAUGCCUGGCUGUACAUGUUGUAUCUGGACGAGGACAACUUCCAGGCCGUGGCACAACGACUCUACGUGAACCCUUCAACAACCUCCUCCGUCGUUCGGGCCGCUCUUAGCUUCCAGCUUCAACAGGCGGCACGCGAUGAGCUCCUUAAGACCUCCACAUACAUUGACGUGGCCGCUCUUGAAGGGGACGCACAGAAUGCAUUCGAGGCUCUGUCUUCCCUACUCGGCGAGGAUGAGCACUUCUUCAGCCGACCGAACCCCGGCCUCUUCGAUGCAACUGUAUUUGCCUACACGCAUCUGAUUCUCGACGAAGGGUUGGGAUGGAAGCAUAACCGAUUGGCACAGCUGCUCCGACAGCACUCCAAUCUUGUACAACACCGGGAAAGACUACUGCAAUUUUUCUAG